AUGGACAGAAAUGCCCCAGACGGACCGUUGCUGGAUGACUUGAGCAAACUCACGGACGAGGAGCUCUCUAGGCUCGGAAAAGAUGAGCUCAUCAGGAGGCUACGGAGAACGGAUAACGAGAAAAUGAACUUAAUGGUGGAUCACGGGAACAUGAUGAAAGACGUGAACCGGAGACUACAGGUCCACCUUCACGAGAUCCGCAGCCUCAAGGAGAUCAACCAGAAGCUACAGGACGACAACCACGAGCUCCGGGAGCUCUGCUGUUUCCUGGACGACGACAGGCAGAAGGGCAAGAAGCUGUCCCGGGAGUGGCAACACUUCGGCCGCUACACCGCCGGAUCGAUGUGGCAGGAUGUCGAGGUGUACCAUCAGAAGCUGAAGGAUCUGGAAGCCAACCAGGACUCUGUGAUGCGGGAGAACCUGGAACUGAAGGAGAUCAUUCUGAUGCUGGAGGAGGAGAGGAACGGAGCCGGGUCACGGAGCUCGAUAGACUCCCAGUCCAGCCUGACCAACCUGAACGGGGGCACCAGAACCAUUAGGGACGUCGGGGACGGGAGUAGUACCUCCAGCACCGGCAGUGCCGGUAGUCCUGACCACAACCACAUACACACGCCGGCCGAGGGGAAGAUAGCGUCCCUGCGGAGGUCUAUGGACGACCUGUCGCCGGUGUCACACAUCCACAGGAGCAUCCCUAAUGAACUGCAUGGUCCGUCUUCCAACUACAUCAGGCAACUGGAGACCAAGGUCCGCAUCCUGGAGGAUGACAACAAGCAGCUUCUAUCACAGCCAAUCCACCGCUACACGCUGUCUGGUCUACAGAUUAAAAGUGGUGAUCUGAAGAGUCUGAGGAAGGGUUUCUACCACUCUGAGUCUCAGCUCUCACGGUACCAGCAAGACCCACUGCAGAAUGGCUCUGGUAGGUCCCCCAGUGGUGAGCCGUCCCCUCCAGCAGACUACCUCCCAGUGGGCCAGAAGCCAGAGGCUGUGGUCCAUGCCAUGAAGGUACUGGAGGUCCAUGAGAACCUGGAGAAGAAGAUCCCUGAAGACUACGACGAAGACCUCAGUGAGAAGGAGAAGGCCAUCGUCAGGGAGAUGUGUAACGUGGUGUGGCGUAAACUAGGUGACGCUGCAGGCUCCAAGCCUUCCAUCCGCCAGCAUCUCUCUGGGAACCAGUUCAAAGGGCCUUUGUAG